AGUGGGAGUACGCGACAAACAACAAGGUUUUUGCGGAUUAAUAUCAGUUCUAUUUUGCUGAUUAAUAUCAAAUCCAACAAAAGAAUUUUUUCUAUGCAAAUGACAAUAUAUAAAUAUUAUAAUACAAUAUACCAUACACACGAAAAACUGUAGCGCAUGCCGCGUGCGCUGAAUCUCUCGAUUGUCCCAGUGUGUCGUCGAGUGUACGUUGGACGUCACAACAGGUAGUUGAGCGAGGGCAGCGUGCUCCGGCCUGUAGAAAGAAAGGAAAGGAUCAGAAGAGCGAGCGAGAGAUCGAUAUAUUGGCACGAUUGUGUUGGAAGAAGAAAACAUGUCAGUAGUAGGGGAACAGUGGGAGAAGUAAAGGAGGAAGGUGACCGUGUAGAAUAUACUAGAAAGGGAGAAAAAUAGGAUAGUAACAGGGAGGAGUUUCACUGUGUCGGAUACCUGCACAUCGUGCCUGUGCACAACUGCUCGUACACAGCUUUAAAUCUAACAUGUACGAGACGGGUUACUCACGCGUUCCCUUUGCUCCUUAUCUGCUUUGCAGACUAUAUCUCUCUUUCUUUCUCUCGCACCUUCCUAUUUAGGGGGAAAUGAAAUACAGCGUUUCCCCUGUCUCUAACGCCUGGCCAUGUUUCCGUAGUCUGCCGUUAAAUCUUUUUUAAAAGUGGUGGAUUACCUAUUGGUUCUUUAUUUCUUAUUGAGGAAGAUCGAUAUGGUACAUAUGCAAAAGUUAUGUUACAAUAUUUUAUGGCUGAAGGUGUAGUUACUGCACAACCAUUAUUAAUUGGAUCUAAAGAUACUAAAACAUCUCAUCUUGUGUCAGAGAUGCCAGCUGUUAUAACAGAUCCUAAAUCAAUUGAUGAACCUUCUAAUUCUGAUGAACAAAUGAAAAUUGCUUGGAGAUAUCAAAAUAUGAAAGCAAUUGAUCCUUCUCCAAUUGGAGGACAAUUUUUUGGUCAUUUUUAUGAUCUUACAAAAACAAUGGAAAAAGAAGUAAUUGAAAAAGCAGAUAUAACACAAUGGUACGAUGAUAGUUGUCCUGUAAAAGAUAAAAUCUUUAAUAAUACAACAUAUACAAAUUUAUUGAAGUGUAUUCAAGAGACUUUGAAAAAAGGACAAUAUUCACUUUUAGAAACCCCUGAAAAAAGACAAGUUUUAAGAAUUGCAAUUCAUUCAUUAGGAUCUAGAUUAUGGUGGAGUGAUUCUGAAGAUGAAUCGCAUCAAGACUUGUUAAAAUUUUUAUAUUAUUUUAGAGCAAUCUUAAGAUAUUCUUAUGCAGUUGGUGUAAUAACAAUACCUACAGAAUAUUUUGAUAAAUCCGAUACUAUUGUGCAACAAAUUGAACAUUUAUCGGAUAUUGCAAUUAGAUUAGAAUCAUUUGCGGGCUCACAAAAGGAAACGAAUCCACUUUUUAAAGACUAUCAUGGUUUACUACAUCUUCAAAAGAUGCUUACUUUAAAUACCAUGGCACCACAUAAUCCAGAUUCACGAGAUCUUGUAUUUAAAUUACGUCGUAAAAAAUUUGUUAUUGAAGUUUUACAUUUACCACCUGAAUUGGGAGAUACUACUCAACGGGAACAAGAUGAAACAGUACCCCAAUUUGGAUGUUCAAAUCAAUCAAAUAAGAAUUUAGACUUUUAAAAAAAA